ACCAGAACCCAUUGGCUUUGUCGCGUACCGUCAUGCCCCGCUGGCCACCACCGCCGCCGUCGCCGCCGGCGGCGGCGGCUCGGCCCGCCGUUGCCUUCCCUCCCUCACCUUCCUCUCCAAGGUGUAUCAGGCCGGCGCUUCGUCGCGCCAUCGUGUUCACACCCCGCUGAUUCCACUUUCCCCCCGCCGUGCGCCAUCGCCAGCAGCAAUGGGCCCGCCAUGCUUACAGCGUUCCUUCGGCAGAGAUGUAUCCCCAAUGGCAAUAAUCUCUCGGGAUGGUGCACCAUCUGCCCCUACGCCGUCGGCGUGUCGCCACGAGCUACCCUGCCGGAGCUCCGCCUGACUGACGGUGACCCAUUUCUUCUCAUAUCCCCUUUCUUCUUCUUUGCAAUGCUCCCUCCGUUUCAUAUUACUUCGCAUAUUAAUUACAGUAUGUCUUAAGUCAAACUUUGUAGUAAAAUUCAAGUAAAUUUAGAUUAAAACAUGCCAACAUCUACAAUACAAAAUAGAAACAAUAUGAAAAACAUGUAUUCCACGGUGGAUCUAUGAUAUUCGUUUAGUAUUGUGAAUGUUGAUAUUUUUUCUGUAAUCUUGGUCAAACUAAUUAUUGAAGUGAUAUGAAUCGGAGGGAGGGAGUACUUAAUUUCUAUUCAAAUCUUAUGGAAUAGAGUACCGGUAUUUUACUGGAAUCCAUACAUAAAUUGUAUUUCCUUUUUAUUUCAGACCUCUUUUCUUGGACAAUCUGAACAUGGUGACCGGCUGUACUGGCUAUCUUAAAUUUCAUGUAGUAACCAUAGAGAUUUGUGCCUUUUGUUUUGUUAGAAGAGUCAAAUGGCCAAAUAUACAGGCAAAUACCGUCCCCUGUUCACAUGUGUGGGUCCUAAAUUUAAUGUCCUGAACAAAAAAAUGCAUAGGAGCUCUUAGGUGCCUGUGAACCCUAUAUGAAUAGUAAAAUAAAAAAAUGCCAGGAAAAUUUAAAAAACUCUGAAAAUUUGGGGUAUCAAACCUGGUCGGUCAUUCUACUCACGUGCGAAGUUUCCUGAAGAAAUGACAUCAGUGGUAUUCCUAGCCAAGAAAAUGCAAUCCGACCUAUGAUUCAUUCAUACAGUUUUUUUGUACAAUCGAAAUUUUUGACUUACGGCUGAGAAUACCACGGAUGUCCAUUUCUUCAUGAAGCUUCACACGGAAGUAGAAUGAUCAGGCAGGUUUGAUACCCGAAAAUUCAGAUUUUUUUCCUGGUAUUUUUUUAUUUUACUAUUCAUAUAGGGUUCACGGGCACCCAAGAGCUCCAAAUCCGUGUCCGCAAGGGGUCUAGUUGUGAAAUUACUAAGGGCAUCUCCAACAGUUGUGAGAUAUGUAUUGGUAAAUUUGCCACCUAAGACAUAGUGAUGAUGUGGCAUGUAUUAAAUGUGGAGAGAGAGCAAAGUUGUAUGUAGAUUAACCAACAACCUUUGCACAAGCUCCAAGAUGAAAUAGAGAGCAAUCACAUUUAUUGUCUCACCAUCUAUUGGAUAGCUUACAUACAACCCAUUGGAGUAGUUGUAUGAUAGCUUGUUGGUUGAUGACAUGGACAUUUUACCAACAAGACUAACAUACAAACUGUUGGAGAUGCCCUAACUCCAUCAGUCUAUCUAAAGCAAUUACCGUGUUAGCAUGCCCCAAACCAUACUAGUACUGGUAGGCAUUUGUUUUUGUUUACGUGAAUCGAGUGUGUUAACUGGUGAGGUAAUUCAUUUGUCUGGCUAAGCUCCAAAAUUUUCUAUACAUAACUCCGUGGGUAAUAUUGAGAAAAAAAAUCGGUGCACAUGUCCCCUAGGAGAUUUGUACUCCUUCCGGUCCUUUUUAUGCUGCAUAUUAGGUUUGACUGAAGUCAAACUUUAUAAAGUUUGGUCAAGUUUGUAGAGAAAAAUGUAUCAACAGUUCUAAUACCAAAUCAAUAUCAUUACAUGCAUUGUACUCCCUCCAUUCCUAAAUAUAGGUCUUUCUAGAUAUUUCAAUAAGUGACUACAUACGGAGCAAAAUGAGUGAAUCUACACUCUAAAAUAUGUCUAUAUACAUCUGUAUGUGGUAGUCCAUUUGAAAUCUCUAAAAAGACUUAUAUUUAGAAAUGGAGGGUGUAGAAUAUAUUUUUAUAUUAUAUUUAUUUGGUAUUGAAGAUGUUGACAUUUUUCAAUAUGAAGUUUGUCAAAGUUUACAAAGUUUGACUUGAGACAAAUCUAAAAUGCGAACUAAAAAGGAACAAAGGGAGUACUGGAUUUGACAAACAGUCAAUAUUGUGAGUGGCACAUGUAUUUUUUGCUUAAUGACGUGACCAGUCAAGCUAAUCUAAAAUAUAUAUUUUUAUAUGCAAAUGGACCUAACAUUAUAUUUUGAUGCCCGGCUUUUGGGAAUGCAUGAUGCUUUGCAAAUGGCACAAUCUGUAAUGGUAAUUUCCUUGCAAUGGUUGAUAUAAGUGCAGGAAAGAGAAAGAUGGAGAAAACUGAGGCAUUGACUUGGAGCGUUGGGAGUUAUGACUGGCCCAUUCGUCCACAUACCCUGUGUGAACGUGCGACCCACUGGUGAAUACAUAGUAGAGUAUUUUCUUCUAGCAAUACGUAGCAAGCACUCAUCCCUGAACCGAAUCAUAAAGUUAUCAGCACGGUUGAUAGACGUGCAGCCACUCAUUCUCGGGAGUACUAAGCCCACGCUUUCAUAUGCAAGAGCAACUGUGCAAAGAAUUGUAGCCCACGAGAUAUUUCUUGAUGGGCAAUUCCCGACGGCGACCGGCAAACAAUGCUGAAUAAUCCUCGCUCUUGCACCUUGUGUGGUCCUAGAAUCAUCAACGUUCCGGGCAAAGCUGGACACUCAUACUCCUGCAAAUGUGAUGACUGAUGAGCUUAUCUUGAACAAAAACCACACAAAAAGUCAGAGCAGCAUUAGAUCGUCCAAGGCUCCAAGCAUCUUCAUGCCAUCCUCCUUCUCCUUUCAUUGCCUCCAUAUGAAAACAUCUCCUUCCAUUUGAUCACAGGCAUAUGUGAAAGAAGGUAUGACUCCCCUCCCAGUUUUUGUCCUCCUGUCAUUGGUUUGUUUCUGCAAAUCGGAUGACCGCCUUACUCCCGCAAAACCGCUCAAUGCCGGCGACAAGCUCGUUUCGAGCGGCGGCGUCUUUGCUCUUGGCUUCUUCACCCCGGCAAACUCAACUGCGGACUCGUACAUCGGCAUAUGGUACAACAAGAUCCCCGAGCGCACUUAUGUUUGGGUUGCUAACCGCGACAACCCGAUCAAGAAUGGUUCUUCUGGGAAGCUGGUUGUGAGCAGUAACUCUGACCUCGUCUUGUCUGACUCCCAAGGCCAUACUCUCUGGACAACCACAAACAACUUCACAUCCGCAACCACGGGAACUGCUGCUAUACUGUUGGACCCCGGAAACUUGGUCAUCCGGUUGCCGAACGGCACAGACGUAUGGCAGAGCUUCCAUUACCCGACCGACACCGCCCUCCCUGACAUGGUUUUACCACUGAGCACAAAUGAUGGUAUCUUGAGGCGCCUCGUUGCUUGGAGGGGCCCUGAUGACCCGGCCUCCAGCGACUACUCCAUGGGUGGUGACUCCAGCUCAGACCUCCAGGUUGUCAUCUGGAAUGGGACGAGACCAUAUUGGCGCAGAUCUGCGUGGGAUGGGUCAUUGGUCUCUGCCCUGUAUCAAAGCAUUACUGGCUUCAUCGUAACUGAAACAAUUGUUGACAGAGGGGGUGAGUUAUACAUGACAUUCACCGUCUCCGAGGGAUCACCAAGCAUGCGCAUGAUGCUGGACUACAAGGGCACUUUUAAAUUUCUGGUGUGGAACAGCAACUCAUCAUCAUGGGAGGCUUUCAUAGAGCAUCCUAGUCCUAUCUGUGAACGCUAUGCGUAUUGCGGACCAUUUGGCUACUGUGAUGCCACUGAAACAGUUCCGAAAUGCAACUGCCUCAGUGGGUUUGAGCCUGAUGGCGUUAACUUCUCCAAAGGGUGUCGGAGAAAGGAGGAUCUGAAAUGUGGUAAAGACAAUAAUUUCUCGACCCUGAGAGGUAUGAAGACACCUGACAAGUUCUUGUAUGUCAAGAACAGAAGCUUUGACCAAUGCACAGAAGAGUGCAGUCGCAAUUGCUCUUGUUCCGCAUAUGCUUAUGCUAACCUGAAAAAUGAAAGGGCUUAUGCUAACCUGAAAAAUGGAAGUGGGGAUGCGGACCAGUCAAGGUGCUUAAUUUGGUUGGGAGGACUUGUCGACACGGGGAAAUUUCAUGAUGGUGGUGGUGAGAACCUGUACCUCCGCCUUGCCAGUUCAACAGUUGACAAGGAGAGUAAUGUAUUGAAGAUUAUACUCCCAAUAGUGGCUGGUCUGCUGAUACUCGCAUCCAUCUGCCUUGUGUGGAUAUGCAAGUCAAGAGGUAAACGACGAAUCAAGGAGAUUAAGAACAAACAUACACGACAGCACUUGCAAAAUUCUAAGUUGAACGAACUUGAGAAUGAAAGUAUAGACCUUCCAUAUAUUUGCUUUGAAGACAUUGUUACUGCAAUAGACAAUUUCUCAGACUACAAAAUGCUUGGGAAAGGUGGCUUUGGAAAAGUUUACAAGGGACUAUUAGAAGGUGGUGGUAAGGAAGUUGCUGUCAAAAGGCUUAGUAAAAGUUCCGGCCAAGGGGCCGACGAGUUCAGAAAUGAAGUUGUUCUAAUUGCCAAAUUACAGCAUAGAAACUUAGUUAGACUUCUUGGUUACUGCACUCAUGAAGAUGAAAAGUUAUCGAUAUAUGAAUACUUACCUAACAAAAGCUUGGAUGCCUUCCUUUUUGAUGCAACAAGAAAUUCUGUGCUUGAUUGGCUUACCCGGUUCAAGGUAAUUAAAGGGAUAGCGAGAGGUCUUCUUUAUCUCCACCAAGAUUCAAGGAUAUUUGAAGGAAAUGAGCAACAAGCGAACACUAUCCGCGUUGUUGGGACAUGUGGUUACAUGUCUCCUGAAUAUGCAAUGGAAGGUUCCUCUUCUGUCAAGUCUGACACAUAUAGCUUUGGCGUUCUAUUGUUGGAGAUUGUAAGCGGGUCAAAGAUCAGUUCAUCCCAUUUCAUGACGGACUUUACAAACCUUAUAGCUUACGCCUGGAGCUUAUGGAAAGAUGGAAAUGCAAGAGAAUUGGUGGACUCGUCCAUUGUGGAGAACUGUCCACUUCAUGAAGUUCUACGAUGUAUUCAUAUAGGUCUCUUGUGUGUUCAAGACAAUCCAAGUGCCAGGCCGCUCAUGUCAUCCACUGUGUUCAUGCUAGAAAAUGAAACGGCCCCGCUUCCUACUCCGAAGGAGCCUCUAUACUUUAGGCAACGAUAUGAUGAGGUUGAAGACCAAAGAGAUACCAUGGGAAUAACCCUGAAUAAGAUGACUAUCACUGUGCAAGAGGGGCGUUAGAUGUUUAAUUCAUUGUUCUCCUUUUUUGUAAACUUCUCUAGUUUGUAUAGGUGAACAGUUCAGCAAUUCAUAUUCCUAUGGAUAAAUAAAUAAUCCAUUGAGUGCA